UUGAUUAAUUACAGGUUACUGCCCAAGAUGUGUCCACAAUGCUGCGAUGUGGGCAGAACUCCAUCAUCUUCUUGAUAAACAAUGGUGGCUACACCAUUGAAGUUGAAAUCCAUGAUGGGCCUUACAAUGUGAUCAAGAAUUGGAACUACACUGGAUUGGUUGAUGCGGUCCGCAAUGGAGAGGGCAAGUGUUGGACUACAAAGGUGGUUUGUGAAGAAGAUCUGAUUGAAGCAACAAAGACCGCAACCGGAGCUAAAAAGGAUUGUUUUUGCUUUAUUGAAGUGAUGGCUCACAAAGAUUAUACAAGCAAAGAAUUGCUCGAGUAG